AUGAAGAUCGCGACGCUACAAUUCUCCCCUAAGCUGGGAGAGGUCGCGGCGAACUUCAGUCGAGCGGAAAGUCUCCUCAUGAGAGAGGAGAGGGAGGGUCUUCUGGACGGCAUCGACUUACUGGUACUUCCGGAACUUGCAUUCACCGGGUACAAUCACCCAUCGCUAGCAGCCAUAGCACCGUUUCUCGAGCCAACGGCGGCAGGACCUUCGACUCGAUGGGCGGCCCGCACCGCCAAACGACUGAAAUGCACUGUGGCGGUAGGAUACCCGGAGGCCGCCGAGGAAGGCAACUUCAACACCAUCUUUGACCGGCACAUCACCACAGAGGAAACAGGCAAAAUCGCCUACAACUCGCUUGUUUUUGUCAGCUCUACAGGGGACGUUGUCGCCCACUACCGCAAAUCCUUCCUCUACUACACAGAUGAAACAUGGGCUCAAGCGGGCCAGGGAUUUUGGGCGGGUGUACUGCCGAUUGGCGGCAAGGGUCAGCAGAUCAAGGCGGCAGCGGGAAUCUGCAUGGAUAUUAACCCUUAUCGAUUCGAGGCUCCGUGGACGGCAUACGAGUUUGGCAAUCACGCGCGCGAGGCUCGUGCUAAGGUGGUUGUCAUUAGCAUGGCUUGGAUAACGAGGCUGAAUGCCGAGGAGUUGUCGAGUCAGGUGAUGGUCCUGGACCAGGACACCCUCAACUACUGGAUUGACAGGCUUACUCCUCUAUUUGGUCCGCAAGGCGCUCAGUCCGAGGCGUUUGUUGUUUGCGCUAACCGGACAGGCGAGGAAGGCAUCAGUCCGCGGAUUGGAGAUGUGAGGUAUGCAGGCAGCAGCUGUGUGAUGGGCAUGACGAAGGAUGGACAGAUCAGGAUCUGGGAUAUCCUUGGGAGGGCUCAAGAAGGGGUCCUGAUGGUGGACACAGACAGCCCCCCAGCCUACUCAGUCUCUCUCAAACAGGUCACGGAACCGACGGAGGCUCCUACCGACGAUGCUACUGACGUACCAGAGGCCUGA